GACACCUGGCAGAAACUUCAUGAAGCGGUGGGAGCAAUACAGAGUAGCAUUUCUAUUAAAUACAACCUUGAAGAGCUCUACCAGAUCAUGAUAAGAAGCAUUUUCUUAUUUUUGGAUCGUACAUAUGUGCUUCAGAAUUCAGUGCUUCCUUCUAUAUGGGAUAUGGGGCUAGAGUUAUUUAGAAACCAUAUCAUUAGUGACAAGCAAGUUCAGACCAAGACUAUUGAUGGAAUUCUCCUGCUAAUUGAACGAGAACGAAAUGGUGAAGCUGUGGACAGAAGUUUGCUGCGGAGUUUGUUGAGCAUGCUCUCAGAUCUGCAGGUUUACAAGGAAUCGUUUGAACAGAGGUUUCUGGAAGAGACUAAUUGUUUAUAUGCUGCAGAAGGCCAAAGAUUAAUGCAGGAAAGAGAGGUCCCAGAAUACCUUCACCAUGUUAAUAAACGUUUGGAAGAAGAAGGAGACAGAGUAAUAACAUAUUUAGAUCACAGCACACAAAAGCCCCUGAUUGCUUGUGUGGAGAAGCAGCUACUAGGAGAACACUUAUCAGCUAUUUUGCAAAAAGGACUUGAUAGCCUGCUUGAUGAAAAUAGAAUAUCAGAUUUGACUCAGACAUACCAGCUAUUCAGCCGGGUAAAAGGUGGACAGCAGAUCCUUUUGCAACACUGGAGUGAAUACAUCAAGAACUUUGGGACAACAAUAGUGGUUAAUCCUGAAAAAGACAAGGAUAUGGUGCAAGAGCUACUAGAUUUUAAGGAUAAAGUGGACCAUAUCAUAGAAGUGUGCUUUCAGAAAAAUGAAAAAUUUAUAAACUUGAUGAAGGAGUCCUUUGAAACAUUUAUCAACAAGAGACCAAAUAAGCCUGCAGAAUUGAUAGCAAAAUAUGUGGAUUCCAAGUUAAGAGCUGGUAAUAAAGAAGCAACAGAUGAAGAGCUGGAAAGAAUCCUUGACAAAAUCAUGAUCAUAUUUAGAUUCAUUCAUGGGAAAGAUGUGUUUGAGGCAUUUUAUAAGAAAGACUUGGCUAAAAGACUGCUGGUUGGAAAAAGUGCAUCAGUAGAUGCUGAGAAGUCCAUGUUGUCAAAACUUAAACAUGAAUGUGGUGCAGCUUUUACCAGCAAACUGGAGGGCAUGUUCAAGGACAUGGAACUGUCCAAAGAUGUCAUGGUACAGUUCAAGCAGUAUAUGCAGAACCAAAGUGACCCAGGAAAUAUAGACCUGACAGUAAAUAUAUUAACUAUGGGAUACUGGCCAACUUACACACCUAUGGAAGUCCACUUAAAUUCAGAGAUGAUAAAGCUUCAAGAGGUAUUUAAAACCUUUUACCUGGGAAAACACAGUGGUCGAAAACUUCAGUGGCAGACGACUUUAGGGCAUGCUGUUCUAAAGGCAGAAUUUAAAGAAGGGAAGAAGGAGUUUCAAGUAUCCCUCUUUCAGACAUUAGUAUUACUUAUGUUUAAUGAAGGAGAUGAAUUCAGUUUUGAAGAAAUUAAAAUGGCUACUGGUGUAGAGGACAGUGAAUUAAGAAGAACCUUGCAGUCUUUAGCUUGUGGAAAAGCACGAGUAUUGAUUAAAAAUCCAAAGGGCAAGGAUGUAGAAGAUGGAGAUAAAUUCAUCUUUAAUGAUGAUUUCAAGCAUAAACUGUUUAGAAUAAAGAUCAACCAGAUUCAAAUGAAAGAAACAGCUGAGGAACAGGUCAGCACAACUGAAAGAGUAUUUCAGGACAGGCAAUAUCAGAUUGAUGCUGCUAUUGUACGAAUAAUGAAGAUGAGGAAGACUCUUGGUCAUAAUCUUCUUGUUUCUGAAUUGUAUAACCAACUGAAAUUUCCUGUGAAGCCUGGAGACUUGAAAAAGAGAAUUGAAUCUCUCAUUGACAGAGACUAUAUGGAGAGAGACAAAGACAACCCCAAUCAGUAUCACUAUGUUGCAUAAAGGCGAAGAAAUAGUUUUAUUUAAAAAAAUUUAAAAAAUAAAAAAUAAAAACCAAAAUCAUCCACAUAUAUCUUCAGGACACCAAAUACCUAUGCUGUUCCAGACUUUCCUUUUAGCAGAUUUCAGGUUGAUAUAUAUUAUUCAACCAGCUGCAUGCACUGCUGUGGAAAAGAAAAAUGACAUGUUAAUUGAUCACCUUUGUCAAGACUUCUUACUAAUUUUAAAUGUCCUGGGGUUUUUUUCCCCCUCUAGUUAAUCUUUUGUUCUCCUGGGUUCUUCAAAAUUUAGUUUUACAGUUUUUUUAAAAAAUGUCAUUGGAGUUGGAUGGAAAGGUAAAAUGACCUCUCUGAGAAAUAUUUCUGUCACGGAUGCAAGUCUGGUUUCUUCAUUUAGGUGUUCCUGCAUCCAUAAAGUCCCUAGAUGCUGCAUUCUUUAGCUACAGUGACAACUUGGGUAACUUUUUAAAAACCUUUCAUUCAUGAACAUGUAUGUACAAGUAGUGUUGUUGAAAUACACUGAAGUUUUGCACCAUGAAAACCCUUAAACUUGUGUUCAGUUUAUUUUCUUUCAAGUUAUUACAAACUUCAGUCUGGUUUGGAUAAAUCAGGUUUUGAAGUGAGAUUCUUGAAGUGCCAAGAGGACAACUGCAUUGAUGUGUGUACUGAGCUGUUGGAUUAUUUAGCUAAAAUAUGGAUUAUUCUGUUAUUACUACUUCUGCUGGCUUGGGUGGCAAAGAUUAGAUCUGAGUCAGAGGCCCUACCUCAUUUUAGGGCAGCAGGUGUAUUUCACCGUUUCUGUAAUUGCCGUAACAUUUAGUUCUGCCUUGAAAAUAACAUCCAGGGAACCUACUGUACAGCGUGCUCCACUUUAAGAAAACAAAACCUUUUUUUUAAAAAAUACUUUUAUGGUCUCAAUAUUGGGAAAGCAUAGCUUUUUGUUUUGAAAGACUAAGGAUUUUGUGAGUACUUUGUUACAUAUUGUACAUAUGUAAGUUGAUUCGAAUUAAAGAGUGAAAGACACUGUAGAUCUGUUAGAUAACUGUAAGGAAGACACCUUUUCUGGUAAUACUUGCAAGACUGCUUGUUUUCCUGAUUUGUCUACUGGUAUGUUUAAUUCUGAAAAAGAGCUACCAAAGGAGUUUUGAUCACUACAUAAAUAAUAAUUUAACUGAGCGAUAUUUUCUUGAGAGAUACCUUACAAGUUUAUGUAACAUAUGGGGUUUGUGCAUCAAUUAAAAGGCUACUUCUUAAAGUAAACAAUGCUAUGAGGUGACAACUUGUGGAUCUACAUAUUAAAAGUCCUUAUUCUGUCCUCUGGUGUCAUUAAUUGUAUUGCAUUCUGAAUUAUUUUUGUUCCCUUUGUGUUUAGAAACUAAACACAUUUAGUUUAUUGUAUUUAAAGCAUAUUUAAUAUUAUAAUUUAAUGUAGACCUAUUUUAAUAUUGGAAUCUUCAGUUAAUGCAAAUAAAAUCUUUGAUGCAUAUUAAUUUCUUA